GUCAUCUCUCACAUCCAGGGGAGAGGAGGGAUCAGAUCCCUUGAUCUGAAUAUCCUGCUGGUGUGGAUAACACAGGAUAUCUGUCGUUUCAAGCGCCUUUUUCAUUUACAUUUUUGCCUUUAACUUCGCUUAUGGGCUUAUCUCUUUUGAGAUUUGACUGCAUACGAAGUCAUGAAUUCGGCCGAACAGACCAUCACAUGGUUAAUAACGCUGGGUGUCCUGGAAUCACCCAAAAAGACGCUAUCGGAUCCUGAAGGGUUUUUACAAGCAUCCCUCAGAGAUGGAGUGGUUUUGUGUAAACUAUUGGAACGGCUGCGACCCGGUUCGGUUCACACGAUUCAUCAGGACCCGCGGAAGGAGAGCGAGUGUUUGAGCAAUAUCAGAGAGUUUGUGAAAGGCUGUGCAUAUCAUCACAUAGAGGUAUUUGAGGCCAAUGAGCUACUUCAGGGCCAGAACUUCACCAAGGUCUUGAAUUGCUUGGUUGCUCUCAACAAAGCGACUUCAGAUUGCGGUGGUAGGAGCGAUUCUGUGUGUCUUCGUAAUUCGUCUUCUCUCAGGAUCAAGUCCUUUGACUCCAUCAACUGUCUGUCCACUCACAGUAGAUCCUCCAGACACAAGUACAACCAGUUCCGCAGUCUGGACAUGUCUGAAAACAAUGGCCUUCAUGUGCUGGUGAAAGCGAAGUUUAACUUCCAGCAGACCAAUGAGGACGAGUUGUCCUUCAGUAAGGGUGACAUCAUCCAGGUGACACGGCAGGAGGAGGGCGGCUGGUGGGAGGGGACUCUCAAUGGCAAGGCCGGCUGGUUUCCUAGCAACUAUGUCAAAGAGAUCAAAGGCUCUGACAAAUCUGUGUCUCCCAAGUCUGUAUCACUGAAGAGUCCACCCAAGGGGUUUGAGACCACUAACUUCUGCAAGACUUACUAUAAUGUGGUGCUUCAAAAUAUUGUCCAGAUGGAAACAGAGUACUUUAAAGAGCUGCAGACUCUCCUCUUGACGUAUCUGAGAGUGUUACAGCCAACUGACAGGCUCAGUGUGUUGGAUAUCAGUCACAUCAUGGGCAAUCUGGAAGAGAUCAGCUCUUUUCAGCAGACACUGGUACAUUCACUGGAAGAAAGUGUGAAAGUUCCAGAGAGUCAACAGAGAAUAGGAGGCUUCUUCCUGUCUCUCGUCCCUCAGCUGAGGAGCCUGUACGUGACCUACUGCUCCAACCAUCCAUCUGCUGUUAAUGUUCUCACACAACACAGUGAAGAAUUAGGGGAGUUUAUGGAAAGUAAGGGUGCGACCAGCCCUGGAAUUCUCACACUCACAUCAGGCCUGAGCAAACCCUUCCUGAGACUGGAAAAAUACCCCACACUACUCAAAGAGAUGGAGCGACACAUGGAGGAGAUCCACCCUGACCGUCCAGACAUUCAGAAGAGCAUAACAGCAUUUAAAAAUCUCUCUGCUCAGUGUCAAGAAGUGAGGAAGAGGAAGGAACUUGAGCUGCAGAUUCUGACCGAGUUGAUUCGGGGUUGGGAAGGGGAGGGCAUUAGGACCCUGGGCUCUGUUCUCUAUAUGUCUCAGGUCCUCAUCCAGAACCACGGCACUGAGGAGAAGAAUGAGCGAUACCUGUUGCUGUUUCCUCACGUUCUUCUCAUGUUGUCCGCCAGCCCUCGAAUGAGUGGUUUCAUCUACCAGGGAAAACUCCCUCUAACAGGAAUGGCUGUUAAUAAGAUAGAGGACAGUGAUACGACAAAAAAUGCUUUUGAAAUAUCUGGAAAUAUGAUCGAGCGGAUCCAGGUUAUCUGUAAUAACCAGCAAGAUCUUCAGGAGUGGGUGGACAAUCUAAACCGCCAGACCAAACGCACUUCAACCAGCAGUUUAAAACCACAGAAUGUACCCUGCCAUACGCUGCCAUCCCACCCACUCAUGCCAUCCAGACUCUCAGAGAAUCGAGGUGUAAGUGGAUCUCCAGUCUACCACACUCUUCCUCACCUCUCUUCUCACGGUACCCCUCACAGUGUAAUGAUUUGGGGCCCCCUCGAACCCCCCAAAACCCAGAAACCUUGGAGUCUAGGCUGUCUCCGACCUGCACCACCCCUAAAGCCAUCAGCUGCAUUGUUCUACAAGGAGGAUCUCAGUAAAAGUCCCAAAAGUAUGAAGAAGCUUCUGCCUAAAAGGAAACCAGAGAGGAAGCCAUCUGAUGAAGAUGUUGCAGUGAGAAAUAGCACUGUGGCUUUUGAGGAGGACGCACAGAUCCUGAAAGUGAUUGAAGCAUACUGCACAAGCGCUAAAACACGGCAGACACUAAACUCAACAUGGCAGGGCACUGAUUUGAUGCAUAAUCAUGUGCUGGCUGAUGUUGACCUAUCGUGUGUGGAUGCCGUUGGUUGCCGUAGCAGUGGAUUUCCCUCUUCUGACCAAUCAGAAGACUCGGACUACGACAGUAUAUGGAUAGCUCAUGCGAACAGAAUGGAUUCUAUGUCCCGAUCAAGGAAGGAGUCGGGGCCACAUAUGCUUUUUCCUGAAGAGGAGAAAAUCAUUGUGGAAGAGACUAAGAGCAACGGUCAAACCGUAAUUGAAGAAAGGAGUCUGGUGGACACAGUUUAUGCCUUAAGGGAUGAGGUGCAAGAACUUAAGCAGGACAACAAGAGAAUGAAGCGAACUCUUGAAGAAGAGCAAAAAGCACGGAAAGAGCUGGAGAAGAUUGUCAGGAAAGUGUUAAAGAGUAUGAACGACCCGUCCUGGGAUGAGACUAAUUUGUGAGACAUUCAAUGACGCUUAGCUCAUUUACUGCAUUCCUGUCUAAAUGCAUCACUUUUUAUAUGGAAAUUGCCAUAAUUGUGUCUAUAAUUGUGAUAAAUCUUAACUUCUGACCAAAAACUAAUGUAAAUAUUGAUCCCCUCACUCACAGUAUUAAGCCUUUUUUUUUGUUUGUUUUCUUUUUUUUUUUACCCAACACUUUUCGAGCCUUUUUUGUUUGCAGUGCCAAGUAUGUUGUUCGAUCAAUUUCAAAUGUUCUAAUGAUAAAGAAUAUGAGUCUGGACAUCAUGUAUUACCCCAGAAACAUACCUCUCGUGAUCUCGUCCUACAGGAUCAGGUGUGGUCUGAUCAACCUUUCCAAGUGACUUCUUGCUGUUUGGAUUAUUUAGUUCAUCUCAAGGACAGGUCAUUGGUUCCGAGUCGGAAAUUGGAUGUCUCAGGGAUGAUAGACAUACUGCACAUACAAAUAUGUUGCCAGGCCUGCAUCACUACCUGUGUCCUCUGACUUUUGGAAUCAUUAGCCAAUAUAUUUAAUAAGUGAUGACAUUAAUUUGGAUUUUUCCAAUGGAAAAACCUUGCAAUACAGUACUAGAGACAAUUCAAUAGGAACUAAUUUUAUUUUUAGAGAUUUUUUUUUUAACAUUUUAAGGUUGGUUUUAAAAUGACCUCAAUUUUAAUUUCAUCCGAUUGCUCGUGCAUAUUGCAGCUUUUAACUUUUUUACUUUUAUUACGAUCAGCUAUACUUAUUGGAUGUUAAUUCACAGAUUUUUGUUUUGUACAGAAAUAAUCUUAUAUUUUAUUUAAUGCUCAGGUAUAUGCCUUUUUGGACAGAGAUUUCCAGAAUUUUGUCAGCAUUUCUAGCUCCGUCAGCAUUUUAAAGAACCUUUGUGAGAGAACCAUAUGAUAAAAUUGAUUUUAAAUUAACACUAAAUCUGUGGUCAGAAACCUACAGAUUAAAAGUCUUGUUUGUUGUCUGUCUAAUUUAUGUAUUUAAAUGAACUAUUGUCUACUGCAAAAUUACUGUGUAUUGUGAAACUGAUCCCUCUCUUCCAGAUAAACCCAACUACUCUUUCUCCCUAAAGAACUCUCUCGAUCUUACUAUUUCUUUCUGAUUUAAUUAAAUAAAGUUGUUACCACAUGUCAA